UCUCCCCUUUGAAUAUGGCUGCCGCUGUCAGAGUGCAGUCUUCUGUCGCCAGCUGUUAUAAACAAUUUAACUCUGGGAUUUCCUGUAAAAAGGACUCUGCGUCCAGUUUAGCAUUUGCUUAUGGAUAUACCAUCUGUGACAACAAUGUGUGAGCGGCCCCCGAAAGGAGGGAGCUCGACAGAUCCCUGCAGGUCUGGGAGGCGUGUUCGCAGGCAGCCGGGAAGGCGAAGCCCCGCCGCUCACCCCGCCCAUGACACACGAAUGGCAUCAGGUUUGGAAAAUGGACUGCGAUUAUAUAUGCUUGGAAUGAACUGCUGCGGAGGACACCCCCCCAAGUCCUAUGAUUGGUUACGGACGCACCCUGGUGGGAGGGGACUCAGGAAAAGGUGGGCACGGAUUGGUGGCUUCUCAUUCCGGCCGUUCCAUUGCCGGGCUGUUGUAAGGAUAUUAAGUUACAUUGACGUUCACCUUUUCCCUAAACCUGAAGAUGUUAAUCAGAAAUUCAAGAGAAAACGGCUUUAGAAACCCUUAAGACUGGCCUUUUUAAAAUCAUACCUGCUUCAUUCCCCCAUCUCCUUUUUCACAAAUAAUACCAACAGCAUCCUACGCUGCAUUUUUGUUUAUUUAUUGAUAGGUAAUAGAUCUUCAAUGUCCUUAACAUUGCUGUUUCCAUUAUAUUACUUUAACUUAAUUAAUCUACCACUGGGGUAUUGAUCUUCUUAAUGGACAGUUUAUAGGCCGAUUUACGUCAGAUAAAAGUAAUUAGCAAGACAGUAAACCGUUGUGUUUUGUUUAGGAGGAAGUCACUCUUAUGUCAUCAAUGAUACGGGCAGUUAAUAAUAAUAAUAGGUAUUACAGCCGCUAAAAGAGCUGUAAUAUGGUGAAUCCCGCCCCGCACCAUCGGAGCCGUAUGGAGGAGAAAUCUGGUUUUACUUCCCCGCUGAGAUCAGUGACGCGGCGAGUCCGAAAAGUUUCGGAAAGUUUCCGAGUCAGAAAAGAAAAAAAAGAGGAAAAACAAAACCCCCCAGAGCAGCCUGUCUCUCUCCCCCCCGACCCCGGCAUGCGUUUGCGCCUCUCCGAUCGCGUCGGCUUUGCUGAGGGAAAUGGGAAAACGCCGUUUAAUCCGCCGCAAAGCCGGAGCCGCCGGGGCGCUGCUGACUCUGUGCGCCCUGCUCUCAAGCUGUGUCGCAGGAGAAGAUGGGGUUUUGGAGAAAAGGCAACUUUCCGAGCUAUACAACCAAGGCGUCUUCAUCCUGGAGAGUGUCCAGCUGAAGCGCUGCAUCAGCCUGGACCGCACCAACCUGGUGCUGGAGAGUUGCGAGAGGCCCACCCGCAGCAUGCUCUGGAAGUGGGUCUCCCGGCACCGGCUCUUCAACCUAGGCGGCAGCCAGUGCCUGGGCCUCAACACCAGCGAUGCACUGCAGCCACUGGGCACCUUCGAGUGUGAUGCGCCUCUCCGCACCCUGUGGUGGCGCUGUAGUGGGGACACUCUCUUUGGGGCCUCCCAGUUCAGGCUAGCUGUCACGGGCCGCCUGGUUGUGGCCAAAAGGACUGCAUACCACCAGUGGAGGAGGUACUUCACCACUGGGGAAGGCCCCUGCGCUUACCCCUAUGAAGAGAUCCACACGUUGUUGGGCAAUGCCCAGGGGAUGCCCUGUGCCUUGCCAUUCAAGUACAACAGCAAGUGGUACCCAGAAUGCACCAGCGAGGGCCGCGAGGAUCACUACCGCUGGUGUGCCACCACGAGCAGAUACGACCAGGAUGAGAAGUGGGGGUUCUGCCCAAGUACAGAGUUGGGCUGCGACACAUUCUGGGACCAGAAUGCAGAGACACGGGCAUGUUAUCAGUUCAACCUGUACAGCAUCAUGACAUGGGGGCAGGCACACUCGUCCUGCCGGGCGCAGGGUGGGGGCCUCCUCAGCAUCACAGAUCUCACAGAGCAGAAAUACAUCAGAGACAGGCUGAACGAUGUGGGCGUGGUGGUGUGGAUCGGCCUGAAUCACCUAGACGAGAACGCCGGCUGGAACUGGUCCGAUGGUGCUCCCCUGGCAUUGGUCAACUUCACGGAAGGCAUCACAGCCCCGUCUCGCCGCGAGAGGCAGUGUGGGGUAUACAACUCCACCUCUGGCCAUCCAUGGCAGAGCCUGUCCUGUGAGUCGGCGCUGCCCUACAUCUGUAAGAAGACGCCCAAUGACAGCAGGAGGGCGGAGUCCUUCGGUAACUGGCAACACUAUGGCACAGUGUGUCCCGAAGGCUGGACUCCCCAGAACCACUUCUGCUACCAGGUCCUGGAGGAGCCACAGAGCUGGCCGGACGCCUCCGCCUCGUGCCGGUCAUUGGGAGCCAACCUGACCAGCGUCCACUCCCUGGCUGACGUCGAGCUCCUGCUGGGACUCCUCGCUAACCAAUCGUUUGCAGAGGCUUGGAUCGGCCUGAGGAGCGAGACCUCGGUGGUCUUCGAGUGGUCCGACGGCACGCCCACGUCUGUCACGUUCUGGCACAGGCACGAGCCCGACCUCCGGCAAGGCAGCGGGCCGCUCUGCGCCAAGACUCACCGGGAGCACGGAAACUGGCUGCUGGCUCCCUGUGGCGCAAAGCUGCCCUCGGUGUGUCGGAAGCUGGGUCUCGUCCCCAUCAGGGAAACCGGGGCGAGGGACGAAGGAUGUGCCGAGGGCUGGAAACGGAGACAUCACUUCUGCUACAAGGUGAGCCGUCACCAGCAGAACUAUGAGGACGCCAUGAAGGGGUAUUACUGUGGCGCCGCCCUGGUGACAGUCAUGAAUAGGUUUGAACAAGCCUUCCUGAACAGCCUAAUAAACACCCUGAGCAUGAACUCCACUCAGUACUACUGGACCGCCCUACAGGACCGCAACAGAAGUGGCGAGUACAGCUGGCUGGUACAGAAUGGAUCAGGCGAGCCGCUACUCUACACAAACUGGAACAGACACCAGCCAGUCAGCGCCGGCGGCUGUGUGGCGCUCACAGGCGGUCAGGCUCUCGGCCGUUGGGAGGUCAAGGACUGCAAAUCCCACAAGGCCCUGUCGGUAUGCAAACAGGGGAUUGGCAGUCGCCAGGAGAUCCAGGAGUCUAUGGUGCACAUCAACAGUUCUGCCCCUUGCCUAACUGGCUGGCAAAGCAAGCCCGGACUGCUCCACUGCUACAAGGUGUUUCAUAGUGAAAAGAUCCUGAUGAAGCGCUCCUGGACUGAGGCAGACUUCUUCUGCCGGGCUCUGGGGGCAAACCUGGCCAGCUUCCGGCAUUACGGCGAAGAAGCCUUUGUCAAGGAGGCACUGGGGACGAUGUUCGCUGGGACGCAAAAUCGUUCGUUCUGGGUGGGAUUCAAUAAGAGGAGCCCCUGGGCCUUUGGCAGCUGGGAGUGGUCCGACGGGACACCUGUGGUGACCUCCUUCAUAGAGGACAAAAACAGUGAGGACGAUGAGCACAACUGUGCCGUCUUCACCGAGUCGGGCAGCCUGCUGGUCCCUCAGCCAUGCGACAGCAAACACGAGUGGAUCUGUAAGGUCCCCAGAGGUGUGGAGCUGACCAAGCCAUAUUGGUACACCGAGCAGCAUCAGUCCUGGGUAUUCUUCAGAGGUGCCGAGUAUUAUUUUGACCAGCAGCUGUUCCCGUGGAACGCCGUCUCCUUCGCCUGCAAUCUGAUGGGUGCCAACCUGGCCUCCAUACACUCCUUGGAGGAGUUGAACUUCAUCAAGGGGCGGAUGGAGAUGGACAAGGAUCCCUCCCAGUGGUGGAUUGGAUUGUCAUCAGACACCAUUAACAAAGAGUACAGUUGGAGCGAUGGCUCCCCACUGCAGUUCCAGAACUGGCCACAAGCACAUCCGCAGAAAUCUCCACCGCAGAGUGACGUCUGCGUCUCGAUGUCCUCACAAACAGGAAAGUGGUCAGGUGACCAGUGUGGCGAUCGCCACGGCUACGUGUGCAAACGCAGGAUUUUGUCGGUGCUGGAGAUCCCCCGCCAGCCCCACUACAUUGGGGGCUGCCCGGAGAAGUGGCUGUAUUUUGGGCACAAGUGUCUCUUUCUGCAUCUGCCAAAACACCCGGAAGAGGGUAAGACUUGGCAGGAGUCUCAGACGAUCUGUUCCUCAUCCCAAGGCUCGCUGAUCACCAUAGAAGAUGAGAUUGAACAAGCUUACGUUACAAUGCUGCUGCCUGGUGGCACGGCUGACGUUUGGAUUGGACUGCAAGAUGACGACCACUGGGUCAAUGGGAAAUCUCUCACUUACACCAACUGGUCUCCCGUUGAUCAGGAGAGUAGUAUCUCUGACUAUUAUGGGCCAGGUGAUGGCAAAGAGCCACUCUGCACGCUGCUGUCCAACUACCACAGCUUCCACUUCACCGGCAAGUGGUACAGCGAGAAAUGCUCGGCGACCGGCUACGGGUUCGUGUGCCAGAAGCCGCAAGACCCAACUAAACCCCCAUCCCAGUCCUAUUUCCAUCCUCUCCCCGACCCUAUCGAGUAUGAGAACCGCAGCUACAGGGUCGUCCGGGGCAACCUGAGCUGGUACGAGGCUCUGAAUAGAUGCUUGGAGAGAGAGACGCAGUUAGCCAGCAUCACAGACCCCCACCAUCAGGCUUUCCUUACUGUCCUCGUGAAUAAAUUGGCGCUGCCCCACUGGAUCGGACUCUAUAGCCAAGACGAUGGCAUCAGCUACCGCUGGUCCGAUGACAGCGACACAGCCUUCAUGCACUGGGACUCGGGGGACGAUGAGGACGAGGACACGCUGGGUAACUGCGUUUACAUGGACAUCACCGGUGCCUGGAAGAGGGCCGACUGCGAAGAGACGCUGCAGGGGGCCUUGUGCCAGGCGCCCCCUCCCAAGAGCAACGCGGUGUCAUAUGAGGUGACCUGCCCCGACAGGUGGAUUAAAUUUAAGAACAGCUGUUACAGCUUUGAGCCCAUAAUACAGAGACAGAGUCUGGAGGAGGCUAGAGAGCGCUGCAGACAUACAGCGAAGUCCUCGGACCUACUGACGGUUAAGAGUGAGGAGGAGAAUCGGUUUGUCCUGGAGAAGCUGAAAUCCUAUGCCCUGCCUCACCAAACAGUCUGGCUGGCCAUCCUCUACGACGCCAACGUCCCUGCCCUCUCUUGGUUUGAUGGCUCUGCCAUCCUGUACUCAAACUGGCACUUCAAAGCCCCCAGUGUCGAGCAGCUCUCCGCUGACACAUGCGUCUCCAUGAGGGCGUCCGACAGCAUCUGGCAUCUGUCCCACUGCGGUGACAAGCUGGGCUUCGUCUGCAAAAUCACGGCAGAUGCAGUAAAUGAAGUAGAAGUUGAACCGCUUAAUGGGCUGCACCAUGGUGUUAUUCCUGCCGCCGCCCUGGUGGCCAUCUUGAUAUUUGCCCUCCUUGUUGUAUCGCUGUGGUGCGUGUACAAGAGGAACGGGGCACGCCUCCGCAGAUUCCCAUUCCUCGGGAGCGCAUAUUACCGGCAAGCCAGCUCGCAGGCUGUGGACUCUGACGUGCUCAUAACAGACCUUGAAGGCAACGCCGGCGAAUAGGGCUUCAUCUCGGAGACCCCUUUACCCGGCGUGAGGGGAGCACAAGGGACUACAAAACCCCCCAGAGGGGAUUAAUACUCAGCUGAAGGAUGUAUUAACAAGUUGUUUACUUGCAUAUUUGCGCAUACAGAAAUGGGGAAGGGAUUCCGUGUGUGGAAUUUCCGUUUAUUUUAUUACGUGUUUUGUUGUCAAUUUUUGGUAACGAUGUUUUAAUGCCAAGAAUAUGAGUAUGCCUAGAAUAUAUAUUACCGGAGAGCUUGGCAUCAAGAUAAAGGUGUGUGUGUGUGUGUGUGUGUGUGUGUGUGUGUGUGUGUGUGUGUGUGUGUGUGUGUGUGUGUGUCUGGUGCGCAUGCACCUGUAUCUUUUCUGGCUUAACAGUGUCAUUGCCAUCUUGUCACACACAAACAUGGAUGAACACAUCUGCAUAAUCGCAGUGAAGCCCAGUCCUGUCAACGCAGGUUACCUUCCGCAGGCACGUCUCAUUCUGACUGUGGGAGCUUGUGAUUUAGACAGAAAUUUCUUUAAAAAGAUACAGACGUGUCGUGUUUUUUAAUGCGGGACAUUAUUGGUGAAGAAUACCAGGCAGUUUUGCUUAAUUGGUAAAUAUCCUAUAAUAUGCAAAGAAUGUAAAAACAACAAAAGGUAGACUAGGUUGAAUUUUAUUUUAAUACUGUGUUUGUUGUGCAUAUAUUACGGUACUUUUCUAGUUUUUAAACAUGUACAGAGAACUAUAAUUACGUCAAUGUAUCCUUUUGUUGCACACGUCAUAGUUUACAUCCUUGUAUUUAAAGCAAUGCAAUUAUUAAUUGAACACUGCUUACACUGAAACUUGAUCCAUUUGGUUGGUUCUGAAGGAAUUUGUGUGUAUUUGGCAGCAGCUAAACCAUUUUUUUUUACUUUUUACAGACGUUAUUUGUUAUCAAUUAUACGUUUCCAUUGAAAUAUUUAUAUUUCGUUUUUUUUUCCACACUAAAUGAACGGUAUGCUAAAAGUUUACUAAAUAAAAGGUGUAUCUCUUA